AUAUGGUCAUAGUCAAGUUAGUAGUCAUCUCUGGCGACUGAAUGAAGAUGGUAGCAUUAGUGACUAUGGGCACCUUCCUGUUCGAGACUCUUACUUCGUACCUGAACGAGUUGAAAGAGAAGGUGGAAUCGAGCCAAUUCUACGAGGUGCUGUUGCUCAACCUGCACAAGAAAUCGACUUGAAGAUGAUAGACGAUUUGCGUAACGUACUCUUUCCUGUUGGCCGACAUAACGGCCUUGAUCUAGCAGCUAUGAAUAUACAAAGAGGUCGAGACCAUGGUCUGCCAGACUACAACACUGUCAGGAAAAUGGCUGGUCUACCAGGAUUAAAAGAUUUCUCAGACCUUGUGAAGAACAAGCGUGUUGCUCAAGACAUGAAGUCAUUAUAUGGUCACGUGGAUAAUAUAGACUUGUGGGUAGGAGGCCUAGCGGAAGAGCACGAGAAGGGUAGUGAACUGGGUCGAACCUUUAGAACGAUUUUAACAAACAACUUUCUCAAGAUACGUGAUGGUGACAGGUUCUGGUACCAGAAAAUACUUGACCCUCAGGAAAUCAAGAUGGUCCAUGGUCUCACCUUGGGACGAAUUAUUCGCCUGAAUACUAACAUCAAGAACAUUCCAGAUAACGUUUUCUUUUCUACCCAGUACUGCGCAGGCGUAGAAAACUACCAAUGCAAACCACGUGAUCCGUUACCAUUGUGUAGAAACGACACAUCAGUAGGUCGAAAAGAGCAUUCAACCAAUCAGGAAUAUGGGUCAAAUAUAUUUAUUGGGCUUGCCUUGCUUUCUUCCGUGAGUUUCGUGGUGAAUGCUUUCCUUAUUUUUCUAUGGUUGAGAGAACGAAAAUCCGUACGAACACUUCAAAGUAAAAACAGCUGCAAAGUCGAAAAUGAAAUGCACAGUUUCACGAAUACAGUAGUAAAAGAGGACCUGGAAGUGUAGUUGUAUAGAAAUUACACACUUUGCAUCAUUUAAAAAACUGAACAAAGCUCUAGUUGGAUAUUGCCAAAUGCUGAAGAUCGUAAAUCAUUUGCCAAUACUAACGACUAUUUGACAGAGACAUAUCUAGGCAGUGAGAAAAAUGUGAAAUAUUUGUUGAAAAUGAUUUGCUUAAUGGAUCUGUUUUGGUUAAAAGGCAACCGCAUCAAUGACAACAAAACUGCCCAUUAAUCAGUCCCCUGUCGAACUGAGAUCAACCUUUAGAGCCUCAAGCAAGGUGCAAUAAGAACUAGGAUCUAUUGGCAGUAGGAAAUUACAAAACGAUAACGUGAAUGUACUAUUAGGCAUGCCGGUAACUACGUUAGAGUUAAUUACCGAGAACGGAGGCAAUAAGCCAUAUACAUCCCGAGGGCCGCAGGCCCAAGGGAUGUAUAGGCUUAUUGCCGACGUUCGAGGUAAUUAAGUAUUUUAUUUAUCAAUUGAGAAGGUU